AGUUGAACGAACCCGAACAACGCUCUCGUCGUCAGUUGAGUUCAACUCUGCACGCAAUACCAUUUCAUUCAUUCAAAACUCUACCUACCGAACUUGCAUUUCGUUCCAUGCGACCAUCACAAGCGAGCACCGAUGGUGCGAUUCGUGCAUCAUCGCUGCUUGUGCUGCUGCUGCUCGCGUUGUUGGCUGCGAUUGCCAACUCAGCGGCCAGCUCACCACCGUACUCGACCCCGUCGUCAUCAUCGCUGCCACUCGUCUUGCGCGAGACUGAGAAAGACCAGUGCUUCUGCCAGCUGAGUGGCAAGGUGGACGACUGCUGCUGCGACGUCGAGACGGUCGACCUGCUCAACAAUGGCAGAAUCCACGCACAAAUCUCCGCGUUGCUCGAAAACCGUUACUUUCAGUUCUUUCGGGUCAAUCUCGAACGCACCUGUCCGUUCUGGGCCGAUGAUGGCAUGUGUGCGUCCAAGGACUGCGCUAUUGCCCCUUGCAGCGAUAAUGAAGUUCCUCAAGGAAUUCGGGAGUUCGAAAUGAAACAUGGACGAAGUGCCGCGUGCGAAUCCAUCGAAACAGCAACCAUUGGACUGGGCUCGAUCGACUCGUCCGUAUCACACACGGAAAGUAGCGUGCUGGCCGAGUGGAGCGCGUACGAUGAUUCGGCAGACACGUUCUGCGAGCUUGACGACGAGAACGAUGCUGGAUUACAGUACAUCAAUUUGAAGCGCAAUCCUGAACGCUACACGGGCUAUAUGGGUCCUUCUGCAAAUCGUAUUUGGCGCGCCAUUUACCAGGAAAAUUGCUUCUUGGACAACCCUUCGUCGGGCGAUGGCGCUGACGGUCGAACGGGCGCUGAAUCGAGCGAUGGGUACUCCCAGGACCAGAUGGCCGCGCUGCUCACCAACGCUGCUGGGUCGCCGAUGAGUUCGGGCCCCCGAGAUCCCGUCCCCAUGCAAGAAAUUCUGGGCAACAUGUGCAUCGAGCGGCGGGUCUUUUACCGGGUCAUUUCAGGCCUCCACUCGUCCAUCAGCAUUCACCUGACGCACCAGUACUUUGAUAAAACGCUCCGGCAGUAUGUUCCGAAUCUAGAGGACUUUGCGCGGCGGUUUGGGCCGACGCACACGGCUGGCGAAGGACCCUCGCGGUUGAAGAAUCUGUACUUUACCUACCUGUUGCUGUUGCGAGCUGUGACCAAAGCGCGGUCGGUUUGGCAGGCAGAGAGCUUUUUCACUGGCAAUCCAACCGAAGAUGCAAGCGUCAAGGCGCAGAUCGAUCAGCUCGUCUCCACGUCGCUCACAUGCCCUAGCACCUUUGACGAGCGAAUCAUGUUUGCGGGCGAUCCAGCCAUGGCUCGUAUUAUGAAGGCAGAAUUCCGCGAGCACUUUCGCAAUGUCUCACGGAUUAUGGACUGUGUUGGCUGUGACAAGUGUCGCUUGUGGGGCAAAAUUCAGACCCAAGGAAUUGCCACCGCGCUCAAGAUUUUGUUUUCAGCGCAUCUCGAUGAGGACGACCAAGCGCCUCUUGACUCCGCCGACCUAACUCCGGAUGUCCAAGACGACCCCGCUGCGAUCAAACCGCAGCAGCAACAACAGCAGCACCAGCAACAACAGCAGCAACAGCAGCAGCACCAGAAACAGCAACAAACUGCCCGAAGGCGGCUCAACCUGCGGCGAUCAGAAAUUGUAUCACUAUUUAACACACUGGGCCGAUUGUCUGAAAGUUUGAAGGCCGUCGAAGACUUCCGACUCAUGACAAAGGAUGCCUUUUCAAUCCCAUCCCCUGUUCAAGGCGCCGAAACCUGGAUGGAAAUGCUUGUCUAGAGCCCUAGAUUUUGUUGUCAUUGAUUAAACUAUGUUUCUUGCU